UCCCUCCGAGCUUUGAACUUGCGCUCCAAACGGGAAAAAAAUUAGAAUGGCGAACGAUGAUGACGUCAGAGUUCAAGUUCUCUCCACAUCCCUAGUCCACGCCAACAACAAAACCACGCCACCUUCCGAGAGGAUUCCUCUCACGCCGUGCGACCUACGCCUCCUUCUCGUCGGAACCAUCCAGAAGGGACUUCUCUUCCGCAAACCCGCGGCGGCGGACACGUCGGCGGCGGCCGCAUUCGUCGACAACUUGAAAUCUUCCUUCUCCGCCGCCCUCGCCUCGUUCUACCCGUUCGCCGGCCGCCUCUCCGCCGACGAACACCCCGAAGACGGCACCGCCGCCGUCUACAUCGACUGCAACGACGCCGGAGCUCCGUUCGUCCACGCCUCCGCCGCCGGCGUCUCCGUCGCCGACAUCCUAGACCCCGUAUACAUCCCUCCCGUCCUCUGGUCCUUCUUCCCCCUAAACUGGCUCAGAAACCACCACGGCUUCCACCAUCCCUUGGCCGCCGUCCAGGUCACCGAGCUCUCCGACGGGAUAUUCGUCGGCUGGACGAUUAGUCACGCCGUCGCCGACGGCGCCACCAUCUGGAAGUUCGUCAAAUUAUGGUCCGCACUCUGCCGGCAGGGUGAUGACGACUCCUCCUCGUCGACGGCGGCGGCCUUCUCCAGAGACUGGUUUAUCGACGAGAAGCACCGGCCCAUCAAGAUCCCCAUCACCAAAAUCGAAGAACUCGAACAAGAAGACGACGACAAAAUCGUCUUGAAGUUGAAGGAGCGGAUCCUACACUUCAGCCGCCGGAAACUCGAGGAUUUAAAAUCACGCGCCAACGCCGAAGCAGCCGACAUCGCCGGCUUCCGCGGCAACAUAUCUUCUCUCCAGUCGCUAAUCUCUCACCUGUGGAGGGCGGUAGUAAUUCGAAACAAGAAUAUUCCAGAUCCAGAUUCGGAGGAGGAAGCCGUAUUUAUUGUCCAGGUGGGAUUGCGGUCGAGGUUUGUUCCUGAAGACUACUUCGGGAACGCGGUGAUUCCGUGGCCCAUAGUGGUUAAGUUGAAAGAGCUGUCAGGAGGACGCGAUAAGGGAUUGGGACGCGUGGCGGCGGAGGUGAACAAGGUGGUGGCGGGGCUGACGGUCGAGAAGCUGAAGGGAGCGGUGGAGUCGUGGAUCGAGAAUCCGAAAAUGCCGACGGUGAGAGGUUUUGUCGCCGGAGGGAUGGUGCUGAGCAGCUCGCCGAGGUUCGACGUCUACGGUAACGAUUUCGGGUGGGGGAAGCCCGUGGCGGUGAGGAGCGGUUCCGGGAACAAAUUCGACGGGAAGCUCACGGUGUAUCCCGGGGUUGAGAACGGGAGCGUCGACGUUGAGAUUUGUCUGUCGCCGGAGAUGGCGGCGCGUCUGGAAAGUGAUACGGAAUUUAUGGCUGCAUUGGAGUAAUUAGUUAAGUUAGACUGCCUUUUUUUUAAGGAUGCACGAGUAUGCAAAUUUAUGCCUGGUUGGUGAGAUUCAUCUAGCUAGUAUGGAUCGUACUGUACUGUAUUGUACAGUGACGAUCGUAUUUGAUUUGUACUUUUGACUAUCAAUUUGCAUUUAUGCUAGCUUUUCAAUAUAAUUGAUGAUAUGGGUGUACUAUGGUUCAUGAAA